UCUCAUAAUCUUUGUAAAUACGGAUAAAAGUAAUUACGAUGGCACUUGUGAAGCUUGAAAACACACUCAGGCGUCCAGCAUGGGGACGAGAUCAUACAAACAGUAAAAAGAACAAUUUGCCAAAUCUCACUGAAAAGCCUCCAACAAUCGACUAUGAAAAAUUAAAGUGGCUGAAUAAUUUGGAAGGACUAAAAGGAAGAGACUAUACAGAAUCUACAGAAGAUGCUCAUGAAGUAUUCAUGAAAAGUUAUCAUCAUAUGUUUGUCAAACCAGAGAAAAAAACUGGAUUUCCAGUCCAUGCUGCCAAAAGACUUGAACAGCAAAAAUCCACAUUAUCAACAGUCACUCACAGAGCCACAGGAAAGACAACUGAGGCUGAUAAGAUGCUAACCAGGAAAUUGUACCCUGUAGAUAAAAUAACAUACGAUAUUAGAGAUUAUCUCCCUUUGUUGCACAAACAACGCCAGAGUGAACAUCCAGAGGCUAUUUAUAGAUCCAACAUGAGAACACUUCGGAAACUACUGAAAAAAUUACCAUUUGAAAGGACAGCAUCAGAAAAUGACAAAAUGUUUUCCAUCUUGAAAACAAUGGAUUUUUUCCGUGAUAAAUUCCCACCUGCAGUCCUUAAAGAGCUGUGUGUUGUCGCAGUGUGUGAGCAAUGGAAGGACCCUGGAUUUUCAGUGUAUGGUAAUACUAGUGUGUACAUGGUACUACGAGGGAGUGUCUCCCCUACCAGUCAUCCUUAUCUGGAUGAGAUGGAAAACGUCAACGAGAAUGGACAGCCUGGUUCACCCAAGUCACGCAAGACAGAAUCUGAUGGUGCUCUACUUCUUGGAGUAGGGGACAUGUUUGGGACACUGAGAAAGCGUGAUAAAGACGACAAAGGCAAUAAACCAUUUAGUGUUAUAACCAAUGAACCUAACUGUGAAUUUAUGAAGAUCUCCUCAGCAGAUUACAACAGAAUCAUUGAUCAAAUCAAGCAGAGGGAACACACAGAGAAAGUAAAUCUCCUGUUAUCCUGUGGACAGUACAAACUCUGGCCCCGACAACCUCUAUUACAGGUGGCUGAAUUGAUCGAGUGGAUAUCAUGUCCUCCCAACACCAUUGUUGCCAGUGAGGGAUACAAGGCACCAUACAUAGGAUUUAUUAAAUCUGGGGAGUGUCAUGUUCUCCGUCAAGUAGAAGUCAUGUCAGACAAAAAUGGACGAAGGGAGAAGAGAACCAAACAAGUUGUGAUGGGAAAGCUCAAUGAUUCUGAAUCUUUCGCUGAGCUGAGUAUUCUCCUGGACGAGCCAAUCACCUGCUCCAUAGUGACAGCAUCCACUGUACAAAUGGGUAUAAUAAAGCCAGAGAGAAUAGAAGAGCUAGAUGAAGUGACAAUCCAACUAUUUAAGCAAUCGAAUGUGAGGACAUUUGGUGAACUAUCAAAGGAUAACAUCCAAGAUGAAUAUAUGCAUCAAGAAUUGAAGCGAGAGUGGAAUGAAUUCAAACAUGGAGUUGUUGUGGAGGUGAUCAAUUAUCGUGGUAUACGACCUGGCUAUGGCAAAUGGUCAAAGUGACUGUAACCUCACAAAGUGACCUUGAACUUACAUUGU